CUCAGAUGGCAUUGCUAAUGACGGAAGAGGAUGAGGUGAACACAGAAACGCCCGCCAACGGCAGCCAUAGUUGCCGAUUUUCGCUCCCGCGUUGAGCUACGUCGCCACACUCGCAGUUCUCCGUUCUCAGGUUCCGAUGACGAUGCCGUCCUUUCCACAGCCCGGCUCCGUGACGAUUUGCGAGAUCAAUCGGCAACUGAUUGCGGCUGAGAGUUUAUCGGAUGAUCGAGCCAGAGAGACGUACGGGAAGCUACUGGGUGCAGUGUUCAGUCCGGUUCCUUUCCAAGCGGAUCAGUUGGCCGCGUCCCCCAACGUGGAGCAGGAAGCUGAGCAAGAUGGGAGAGGUAAUGGAGAGAGCGUUGGACGGAAGAUUUUAGGCAAGGCGUUUCAGGGCUUCGUUGAUAUGUUUCAGCCGAAUUAUGUAAACUUGUUACCAGAGGUUGGUCUCCAUGGCGUGUCCUGGCAUCAGCAUAAGCACAUAAUUGCAUUUGUUUCUGGCCAAAACCAAGUCACAAUUUGUGAUUAUGAAGAUUCAGAAGGGAAGGAUUGCAUCUUGAUUUCCGAGUCCCAGAGAGAUGUUAAGGUCUUGGAGUGGAGACCGAAUUGUGGAAAGUCACUUGCCAUCGCUUGCAAGGGUGGAAUCUGUAUAUGGUCUGCAUCAUAUCCAGGCAAUGCUGCAGUUGGCAGAUCUGGCGUUACAUCAUAUCUGGCAACUGUUUCUGGAGGAUCUGGAUAUCAGUGGGCUCUCGUUGAUUUUCUUCGAAGUUGCAAUGAUGAGAAAAUUACUGCACUCUCUUGGAGCCCCGAUGGACGAUAUCCUUUAGAUGGAGCGCAAUGGGAUCGUGAUGGCCGUAUUGUACUGCUUGCUUUCUCUGGAUCUUUAACAUUGGGCUCUGUACACUUUGCAUCAAAGCCUCCCUCUUUGGAUGCACAUCUGUUACCUGUUGAGUUGCCAGAGAUAAUGUCAUUGACGGGCAGUCGUGGGAUUGAUAAGGUAGCCUGGGAUGCUUCCUGUGAACGAUUAGCCGUGUCUUAUAAAGGAGGGGAUGAAGCCUACAAUGGCCUGAUUGCCAUAUUCGACACAAGGAGGACUCCUCUUAUUUCUGCAUCUCUAAUUGGCUUCAUUAGGGGACCUGGAGAAAGCCCGAGGCCACUCACGUUUGCAUUCCACAACAAGUUUAAACAGGGACCAUUGCUUUCUGUGAGGUUUCUCUGUGGUGGAAGACUGAUCUUUGGUCCUGAUGUGGCAUCAAUGUUCUUGUCCAUGUUCCUCAUUGCUGGACCUUCGAUUGCUUUCUGUGGAAAGUUAUAUUACACAAUUGUGAAUGAAGAUGUCAAGAAUCCAGCCCAUUGGUAUGCUAUAUUGAUUGGAGGCUGCGCUCUCACCGUGUUCGAUCUGCUGUUUCUCCUAUUAACAUCUAGUAGAGAUCCCGGAAUACUGUGUAGAAAUUCAAAGCCUCCAGAGUGCGAUGAAAUUUCAGACAUAAAUACCCCAUCCAUGGAGUGGGUGAAUGGCAGAACCCCUCAUUUGAAACUACCGCGCACAAAGGAUGUGAUGGUAAACGGGCAUGCUGUGAAGGUUAAGUACUGUGAUACGUGUUUACUGUAUCGUCCUCCCCGUGCUUCUCAUUGUUCAAUCUGCAACAACUGUGUCCAGAGAUUCGAUCAUCAUUGCCCUUGGGUAGGGCAGUGCAUUGGCAUACGAAACUACCGGUUCUUCUUCAUGUUUAUAGCAACAGCAACCAUCUUGUGUAUAUAUGUCUUUGUGUUCUCUUGGGUCAAUCUCCUUCACAAAGACAUGAGUGUCUGGAAAGCUAUGUCUAAAGAUGUGCUCUCCGAUUUCCUUAUCGUCUACUGUUUUGUUGCUGUCUGGUUCGUUGGAGGCCUAACAAUCUUCCAUUUCUAUCUAAUCUGCACAAAUCAGACUACCUAUGAGAAUUUCAGGUACAGAUAUGAUAAAAAGGAGAACCCAUACAACAAGGGAGUGGCAAGGAACCUCUUGGAAACUUUCUUCACAAAGAUCCCCCCUUCACUAAAUAAAUUCCGUUCACUUGUAAAGGAAGAUCCUCCUUCUGUGAUGCAACCCGUGACAGAUAAUCAUGGUGAAGGGUUUAAGGACACAAGUGAUCUGGAAAGGAGAGCCAAGUAUUCAGAAGAGCGUAGUAGUUAUUCUCUUCCUGAGAUUCUUAGGAAUUUGGACUACGACGACGACGAUGAUGAUUCAGAGAACUCAAAGAACUCCAGAGAUGGAAUGCCUACUUAUGACAACAGCAUCCCUGGCGAUGACAAUGUAAAAGAAUCUAUAGAGAUCCCUAUACCCGAUGAGGUUCUUGAUACAGAAGAUGAUGGCCGCAUUGAAGAAAUUCUAAGAAGCUUGAGAGACUCUUCGCAAGAAUCGCAUGUCAAAGAUGGAGAGAUAGAAAUUGUUCAAAGCAGCUCCAGUUCUGUUGAAAAUGGAAAUGGAGAGUCUAUGCAACAUAUGACUGCUGGAGAUAAGACUAAAGAUCAUUGUGUUAAGAUUCCUGAUCAAACCCUGCAAAUGGGUAGUCCUCGAUGACUUAAAGAUCGAGACCUCUUCUCUGGCUAGAACACUAAGGAGGAAUGGAAGCUAGGAUGCAAGUUCCUGGCCGCCGUGGCCACUAAGCUAACAAAGGUGUAGAUACAUUCAUACAUACAAACAAGAUUCUUAAAAAGCUAGCUAGCUAGCUGCAUUUGCUGUAAGCUGUAAAUCGUUUCUCUCUCCAUCAUGGGUUUUCCUUUGCUGUUUUGUUUUCCUUUUUGGGGGUUCUCUUCCUUUCUAAUAAUGCAGAAAACCUGGAAGGGAAAGUAUCCAACUUGUAAGGUGGAUUGGUGUUUCUGAGGAAUUUUUGGUAGGAUUAUUCUUUCUCCUUGAGAAAUAUUUUCUUUUUGGGGUUCACUAUUCAUUGAAGAAGAAACCUCUUGAUAGUUCAUUGUUUAGUUUCAGGUUGGAUAGUACUUCUUGAGCUUAAUUUAGUUCCUGAGGAAUUCUUUCUAUUACACUGGAGUACAGUUUCUUUUUUA